AUGUCUUUGUACGACCUAGCGAUGUGCGAUAUCCAUCUUCGUGCUCCUUCUAAGCAAGAAAGGAAGAAAACUGGUAAGAAAACUUAUAACCCCAGCGACGACGAGCUCGCUCGCAUGAUGGGGGAGGAGCUUGCGGCUGGAGACGAGGAGCUGUACAACCAGGGUCUGGCUAAAAGAAGUGCACCCGAUCGAGGAUCCCCUUCAUCGCAUAAUUCUCAAUACUUUGGAGAAGCAAACGCAACUGUUCGAAUAUGA